UUGAGAUAGAAAGCCUUUAGCCUUCCUAAACUGCAUCUUCUUUAUUUCUCAGAGGAAAUGAGAGAGUUAUUGGGCCAAUACAUCUCAGACACCCUCAGCUAUGUCCACACAGUGAAGGAAUUCUGUGACGGGCAUCCAAGGUGGAUCCUGCAGAGAAAGGAGGAACAAUCCAAGAUGAAAAACAUCAAGGAAAUGGCAGACAGAAUCGAUCUUAAAUUCGGCCGAGUCUUGAAUGCAGAAGACAAGACCAAGGCAUUAGGAGAGUUCACGAAAGACUAUCUGACCCAGGUGACUGCAAACCGUAGGCUUAAGAAGCUGGAGAAGGAGCUGGAAGCUGUACUGAAGGACACUCUCAAUGGGCUGGAGGAGCUGGACUGCUUCAUGGAUGCUGUGGAGAGGCUGGUGGUCACCUCUCUGUUUGUAUUUGCUGAUGAAACCCGGUUGUGUCCUCUGCCUCAGGGGAGGGAACCAGCAAGUGUCCGAGCUGUCAUCACCUCCGCUAGAAUGACCUGUCCUCUCCUCAUCCACUUUAAGAGGGACGCUUCAGCCUUCUUUUCCCCAUGCCUCCUCAAUGUGGAGGUGCUGCAUGUGUACUUGGAAAAUUACAUACACAUCUCUGAGCAGCUGUGUGAGAGAAUGGGAUUGGGAAAAACAAAAACAUUUUGCAGAGAGAAGAAUGACAACUUGAUGAUUGACACCAGCCCUGAAGUGAAUGAAAAGUCCAUGCAGACCAUGUUUAACCAUUUGCGCCAUUUGAGUGAUAUCAGGAUGGAUCAGCACUUCAGACUGACGUUCCUGUUCCAGGAGUCUGCCCUGCACUUCAUUGGUCUGUUCAGUCAGCGCCACUCCAGAAUGCUGGACUGUCUAAAAGAGCUGGAAAGGAGAGCUGGCAAACUAAAUAAGAUGAAGAAAGGGGGUUAUAUCUCCAGUGUGGUAGGCAGUGCAGUGGGGGCGACAGGAGGGGCUCUGACCAUCGCAGGCCUUUGUCUUGCCCCUGUUACUGCUGGGUUGUCACUGGGGCUCACCAUCGCAGGGAUUGGAAUGGGUGUGACCAGUGGGGUCAACAGUCUAACCACCGGUGUAACAAAGGUGGCAUUUAAAAGCUACCAAAACAAGAAAGCCAAUACAAUCUUUCAAUGUUUCUUGGAGGACAUGCAAAGACUCCAUGGUAGUCUGGAGAAGGUGGCCAGCAACAUUUGCCCUUUGGAGCCGAAGGUGGUGGCAUUAGUGGUUGGGAAGAAUAUAGGCAAAGGUGGUGCGAGUUUAGGAAAGAAGAUCAAUGCCAUAGUAAAAAAUACCUCUGCAAUAGAGGCCUUAAUGGGAAAAGGCGUGGUUAUAGGUGCAGGCAAGGUGGGACUCCAAGAGGGCAAAACAUUUGCUGCAGAUUUACCUGACAUUGGGAUGUUGGCACAAGGCACUCCACUCGCCCUCUCUAGGACAUUAAGGCAAUGCGCUGUGGCCUCAAAUGCCCUAUUCAUUGGCCUGGACAUCAUCACUAUCUGUAAAGACAGUGUCAGCCUGGCCAAAGGCAGCAAGAGCAAGAGAUCCCAGCUCAUCCGAGCCAGAGCAGCACUAUGGCGCACAGAGAUUGACUCAUGUCAGAGGAUCCAUGACUCACUGUGCCGAGGCAUCUGGAGGUUCAGUAAGAGUCAGCGAAUCCUGAAGAAACCAUUUUACCUUGUGAAGGAGUUAGAAAGUCUAGAGCCGCUUGUGGAGAUGGGACUCAUGGAGCAGCCUGCGAAGGAGAUGGAAACUCUUGGGCAGCCUGAGGAUGAUAUAGAAACUCUGGUGCCGCCUAUGGAGGAGACAAGACUCCUGGGGCAGCCUAUGGAGGAGACGAGACUCCUGGGGCAGUCUAUGGAGGAGACGAGACUCCCAUGGCUGCCUAUGGAGGAGACGAGACUCAUGAGGCUGCCUAUGGAGGAGACGAGACUCAUGGGGCAGCCUAUGGAGGAGAUGAGACUCCUGGGGCAGUCUAUGAAGAAGACGAGACUCCCAUGGCUGACUAUGGAGGAGACGAGACUCAUGGGGCAGCCUAUGGAGGAGACGAGACUCAUGGGGAACCCUAUGGAGGAGACGAAACUUCUGGGACAGCCUAUGGAGGAGAUAGAAAAAGGUUUUUGCGACUGGAUGUGGCAUUCGGGCAUGAUGUUGUUGCUGUUGCUGUUAGCAUAUGUAUGGGCUGAGAACAUUUCUAAGUAGUAAUGGAGAAUAUCAAGAAGUCAACACACCUGCCGUUUGGACUGCAUCGUUUCCUGUGCAUCACUUCCUGUACGACUUAAUUGCAUAACAUGUAGAUUUGAAAUGAUUACUGUGCAUGGUUUUAAAGCUACUUGGACUUGAGAACAUAUUUUUAAAAUUAAAUGUAUUUAAGAUUAUUACAAUUUUAAUUCAAACUACCCCUUUAUCUGGGCGGUGUUCAUGUUGUGGAAUAGUCAGAUCUAAUUGGUACUAGUUGUAUCAACUGAACAUAGCUGUUCUACGUCAGAUUCUAGAACUUUUCACUGUACAUUGAUGUAGUGUAACAAUUUUCUUUAGUUUCAAAAGAGUUUAAUCCACAUUAUAUUGUUGAGAAAAUCUAAUAGGCCUGCAUAGUUAUUUCAGCAUGGUUAAUCAACUUCUGAAUUGUUUAGGCAUGUACUGCCCUCUAGUGUAUUAUACUCAUGUGACAUGUCUUGCUGUUAUUGAUUGUUACUCACUUCACUUAAGAUAUGUGCAGAUAAAAGUGCAUUAUUUUCUACUUUAGCCAUGUUUAAAUAUCCAUACAUAGUUCAAUUACAGAACUCCAGAGAUGACAUUUUCAGAAACAGUGAUACCCCAGUGAGGGACUGCUUACAGUAGACUACUAUAGCCCUACAAAUAUUUUGAUUCACAACUUUCUCAUUUGAAAAUGCUAAAAUAACUGGAAUACACCUACUAUGAUUUGGCAGAUUAACUUGUGCAGAAAUCAAUUAACCACAUAGGCAAAGAAAAUUACACCAAAAAGAUCUAAGUGCUUUUGGCCAACAUUAUGAUCUACACUCAACAGUGUACCACCCAUCAUUGUGCGUCCCAAGAUGCCGAUCUUCACACCACUGCGCCGCUAUUUGCCUGUUUGUGGCCUGCCUGUUAGCUUGCACGAUUCUUGCCAUUCUCCUUCGACCUCUCUAUUCAACAAGCUGUUUUUGCACACAGGACUGCAGCUGACUGGAUGUUUUUUGUUUGUCGCAUCAUUCUCAGUCAAUCCUAGACACUGUUGUGCGUGAAAAGCCCAGGAGGGCGGCCAAUUCUGAGAUACUGGAUCUGGCGCGCCUGGCACCGACGAUCAUACCACGCUCAAAGUCGCUUAGGUCAGUUAUUUUGUCUAUUCCAACGUUCAAUCAAACAGUAACUGAAUGCCUCGAUGCCUGUCUGUCUGCUUUAUAUAGCAAGCCACGGCCACGUGACUCACUGUGUGUAGGAGCGAAACAUUUUCAUGAACGGCGUGAUGUACCUAAUAAACGGUCCAGUAUGUAUGUUACAGGUGUAAUUACAGAGCUGGUCUAAAAAUAAAUGCCACUACAUUACAGUACAGUAUUAACACUUCCUCCCAUUUAGAAUUGUAUGACAAGACAACAAAUAAUGAUUCUAUCUGAGAAUGUAAUUUAUGCCGAUUGUUUGCCAAUGAACCAUGUUAUAACAGUAGUGACAGAAACGGCAAUAACAUUUAGUAAGUUCAGAUUUAAUACAAUAUUAUCCCAUCCUAAAAGCCAAUGUUAUAUUUUUUUCUACCAUUUUUCCAGAACAUAACUUAUUCAUAACUUUAAAUGAGUUGUUAAAAAGACCAAU